AAUAGUGAGCAGUCAAGGUUGGAAAAAUUUUGCCUAGAAAAUUUAAGUAAAAAUCAAAAUUGAAUGAUCGAUUUGAGAUCGAAAUUCGUCUAACCGUCCUGAAGCACGUGUCGUCGGGAUGCCAAAUUCGCGAACCAAUUAAUCGUGAUCGCGUAAAUGGACUUAAUUUGUGCCAAUUGAAUCGCAUAUUCAUACCCACCACAUUGUGAGCUAAUUGUUAAGAGAUAUCGUGCGGGGGCUGCGACGACUGGCGCUCUGCAUUGGUGUUGGUGCUCCCGAGUGGGGCCUUCCCGAGAUCUGAAUAGUUGUUCUUUGCGUCACAUCGCGGACACUAUUUACACUAGUUUCGAAGUUUGAUCUCUUGCCGUUUAUCAUACAUCAUACAGUUGAGGUUGUUCGUUCGGCUGGGAGAAUCGCGUUUUCCCAGUCCCGUGACGGUAUUUUUAAAACUACCGAGUCGGGCAAAACGAAGUGGAAAUGAAUCAUUUACAAAUUUCUACCGAUCCCACCUUGCUGGGUGCCGAUCUGCCUGAUUCUUUAACAACGUCUCCAUCGGUAUCGACCUUUCUGCCUGAAGAGGAUACAUCAACCUGUUUGCUGUUGCCGGAAACGCCAAGCCCUCCGCUAGGAUUUACGCACCCCUUGACUCCCGGUAUGGGUAAUACUGAAAACUCGGAAAAUAUAACCGGUGAUGAUUUGGCCGCGGAAACCAGUUCGUCCGGAAGCUCGGGCAUCGGCAUGGGUGGCGGAUGUACGGCGGGUGCAUCCAAUUUAUUCAACAAUCACAGCGACUAUCAGCAUUUGCGGAAGAAAAGUGAUGGCAAGAUUCAGGAGAACGGAAUUCAUCUCAACGGUACUUUGAACAUCCCUAUCACCAAGGACAUGCCAAGCUUCGUGCACUGGAACUGGCCAUUCAUUCGGAAGUGCACAUUUUUGGUGUUUCUCGGGGGCAUUUUUGCGAUGGUAGCCAUUGUGGUGGCAAUGAUUGCGACGCUGCCUAAAUCAUGCAAUCCACCUGUCGCUUGGUAUAAAGGAUCCGUAUUCUACGAAGUUUUCCCGGCAAGUUUCCAGGACACCAACGAUGACGGUCUCGGGGAUAUUCGCGGCCUCAUUGGACGAGCGGAAUACUUCAAAAGCCUAGGAGUGGCAGCAGUGCGGCUGAACUCAAUUUUCCCAUCGAAACAUUAUCCGGAUCACUUUCAAGAUGUUACCUCACUGACGGCGGUCGAUGAAGUCUUGGGGAAAGUUGAGGAUUUGCAGAAGCUGGCUGCAGUUCUUCAUGAGAGAAAUAUUUCGUUGAUUUUGGAUUUGCCGAUUUUCCCGUUUAUUGAUCACCUGAAUCCACCGACUAUCGAUGUAAAUCAUUUACCGAAUCGUACCGAUGAAGCUCCCACCAGUGAAUAUCUUCGGCUUGCCAGAUCUAUUAAUGCAAGGGGCUCGGAGAACAUUGUGACAACGGUAUUUCGUUUCUGGUUGGCCCGCGGAGGAAUUGAUGGAUUCUAUGUAAAAGGAUUGGAACAUUUUAGCGAUGACCCACUACUGCUGGAGAAUAUCAAAGAAUGGAAGUACACUUUGGGUGGUGAUCGCGUUUUGAUGGUUAGUAAGGAGUUUAUCGAUAAAGUUCCCGGUUCGAUUGUAACAGAUAUUUUGAAUCACGUGGAUCUGGUUGAUGUGCGAUUGGAUGUCGCAAAUGGAACAGAUUCUAUUGCCAAUACAGUUCGCAGUGCUGUCGCAGGACACAUUCUGAGAGAUGUUGAACACCCAUGGAUUCAUUGGAGUUUGGGAAGCGUUCAUGACCGCCGUUUGAGUUCAACCACUAGCUCGAAUAUGACGUUGGCAGCAACACUGAUGCAGUUAACUUUCCCGGGAACGGUAAAUAUUUUCUAUGGAGAUGAGAUAGCGCUGGAGGAAGCUCACGAUCCUACUGGCGAACACGAAGAAACUAAGCAUUUACAUCACCUAUCGGUGAUGAGUUGGGACGGCCAUCAGAAUCAGUUUACCGGUCGAGGAACCCUCCCGUGGCUACCGAAAAGCGAAUCCUCGUCGUAUCAUCAUUUAGAGUUGGUAGUUGAAAUGAUAGCUCUGCGAAAACGAUCACCAUCGAUAUACCAAAAUGCCGUGACCAAGGAAGAGCAGGUCCUUCCAAAUACGGAUGUGAAAUCGAGUCAGAAUGAUGUACUGGUGAUUCAAAGAUGGUACCCGAGGAGACAUUCAUUUGCAGCAAUAACCAACUUUGGCGAGAAGAAUGUGUCUCUGGAUUUGUCCGCAAUGUUCUACAGUGGCGAAAUCGUGGCCGGUUCUUCGACCAAACGGGACAGGAUAUAUUUCGACCGAUUUGAAGUGGGACCCCUGGAGACCGUGAUUGUGAGACUACACAAGUAAAAGUACACCCGCCAAGGGCAAGCUUUUUAAUUUAAUUUUGUUUUUAUUUAUGGAUUUUUUUCUUAUAAAGAAGAAAAUUCGAAUAAUAUCUAAACUACACGUUACUUAACAUGCUAGAAUGUUCUGUACAUAUGUCAACCUUAACUGUGUUGUAUAGAGUAGAGAGAAUGUUAAUAAAAUAUGUUUUUAAAAUAUCUAUUAGGAAAAAACAUAACGAUUACUUUACUACUUCCUAGAAA